AUGAAUCCAUGUGCUCGCUCCACAGCUUCUACGCUCCCAUACGCGACGAAGCCCUUCUUCGCCGGGAAUCGUGUGCUGCAUGCUGUGCGACACAGCGUCGCCGGCGUGCGGCGGGCUUCCCUGCACCGUGCGCGGGGUGGUGAGGCUGCGAAGAAGGUGCCCUACGGCGACAACGGCAAGGAGAAGGUCCUCGAGACCGCAGAGGACUUUGCCAAGAUCCUCAUCAGCCUCGACGACGACCCCACCAUGCCCAUCCACACCUUCCGCAUGUGGUUCACGGGCGUCGGCCUCGCCGUCUUCGCGUCCGUCCUCGGCAUGCUCUUCCAAUUCCGCCCCCAGGUGCUCAACGUCUCGCCGCUCUUCCUGCAGCUCAUCGCGUACAUGAUCGGCCGCCUCUUCGAGGUCGUCAUCCCCGGACCUGGCAGCAAAUACCACACCGGCAGCGCUUUCUGGAACUGGCUCAACCCCGGCCCAUUCAACCUGAAGGAACACGUCGCGACGCAGAUCAUGGCCAACACCGCUGCGACCGCAGCAACGGCGUGCUUCGUGUUCGCGUCGGACGAUCUCUUCUACAACAUCACGAUCAACCCCGGCAACGCCAUCUUCACCGUCCUCGCGAGCCAGCUCAUCGGCUACGGCUUCGCGGGCAUGUUCCGCUCCUUCCUCGUCUACCCGACCGUCAUGCUCUACCCCCAGAACCUGAUCUACGUCAACCUCUUCGACGUCCUCCACCGUAGCAAGGGCGAGAUGCUCCAGGGCAAACGUCUGCGUUUCUUCUGGUACGUCACCGGCGCGGUCUUCGUCUACGAGUGGUUCCCGGAGUACAUCGCGCCCCUGCUCGGGUCGUUCAACAUCGUCUGCCUCGCGUCGCGCAACAGCGACUGGGUCUCGUACAUCUUCGGCGGCGCGGAGGCGAACGAGGGCAUGGGCCUGCUCGGGUUCGGCGUCGACUGGGCGAACAUCACCAGCAAGCCGUUCUACUACCCGCUCUCGACCCAGAUCUCGAAUUAUAGCCAGAACUUCCCGUUCAUCUCCCAGAACCUGUUCUUUGAGAACGGGACCAUCUACAAUCAAAACCUGAUCCUGAACGCCGAUCAGUCCUUGAACAAGACCGCCCUCGCGAUCUACGGCCAGCCCUGGCAGAGCGGGUCGACCGUCAUCUACAACCUGGGCAUCAACCUGUCCAUCGGCGCGACGAUCGUGCACAUCGCGCUCUGGCACGGCAGGGACAUCUACGACGCGUUCGUCGCGCAGUUCAUCAAGAAGGUGCCCAUCGAGGACAUCCACUACAAGAAGAUGGCCGUCUACAAGGAGGUCCCGCUGUGGUGGUACGCCGCGAUCACCGUCGGCGCCUUCAUCACCGCCAUGGUGUGCUGCUACACGGAGAAGUCGGGCCUGCCGUGGUGGGCGCUGAUCCUCGUCGUGCAGAACCUCUUCCAGAUCCUCGGCGCGGCGCUCGUCCCGGGCUCGUCCCAGGCGAACAUGUAUUUUGAGCUGUAUUCGAGCCAGGCGAUCUUGCAGGCGAGCUCGAUGCUGAGCGAUCUGAAGCUUGGACAGUACACGAAGCGUAGUUCCCCCGAGGGCGACUUCUCGGUGCAGAUGGCCGGUACGGUCGUCGGUGCGCUGCUCAACUACGUCAUCAUGCAAGACGUCGUGAACCAAAAACGCACGAUCCUGCUCGACAACCAAGGCAGUCGUGUAUGGAGUGGCCAGCAAGUGCAGUCUUACAACGCGAACGCUCGGGCCCUAUUCAUCGUCCCCCUCGGCCUCGUCAUCGGCCUCGGGCUCCCGGUCAUCCCCUGGCUGCUCUACAAGAAGUACAAGUGGUCGUGGCUCCCGCUGAUCAACACCGCCGUGCUCGCGUACAACAUCGGCGACCUCGCGGGCGGGACGAACGGGUACAUCAACACGUGGAUGGCCAUCGGCCUCACGUCCCACUUCUACAUCCGGCGCUACCACGCGGGGUGGUUCAGGAAGUAUAACUACCUGCUCGGCGCGGCCGUUGACGGCGGCUCGCAGAUCUUCGUGUUCAUCUUCUCGUUCGCUCUGGGAGGAGCUGGCGGUGUCACGGUGAACUUCCCGACGUGGGCUCUGAAUCCCACAGGCAAUGCGGAUUACUGUAAAGUGACUGGGCAGGAAGGCUAA